AUGCCUUCUACAUACUCAACUCCCUUUAUCGCCCCCACUACCAGGAGGAAGAAGGAGCCAGGCUGGUCCACGUCCUAUUUAAAGAUCAGUGACCAAGACAAAAUACUUGCAGAUUUAACCAACGCAGGUUUCAGCAGAUUAGUUAGUAUUCCAAUGAUUGACUCAGUACAAACAGAAGAUGACAAAUAUACUCGAAUCCACAAGUCCUUUAUAUUUGUACUGAGCCACUCUAACUUCUUGCAUCCAUUCUUUCACAAAGUGAUGAGGGGAAACGAGAGCCCUGUGACUGACUUCAUUCUCCUGGGUUUUUCCAACUUUCCCAAACUGCAGUUUCUUCUGUUUGUGGUGUUUUUAAUAAUUUACUUAAUUAUCUUGGUAGGAAACACAGUCAUUGUCUUCAUCAUCACUCUGGAACAGAGUCUUCACAUUCCUAUGUAUUUAUUCCUGAGGGUCUUGUCCAUCUUAGAAACUCGCUUCAGUGGAACGAUCAUUCCUAAAAUGCUUGUGAUUCUUUCAACGGAUCACAGAACCAUUUCGUUUGCUGGCUGUGUGGCACAAACAUAUUUCAUUCUAUUCCUAGGGGGUACAGAAUGUUUUCUCCUCUGCUCAAUGGCUUAUGAUCGCUAUGUGGCCAUCUGUAAUCCCCUACAUUACCCAGUCCUUAUGAGUAAAGCAGUUGUCAACAAGCUCACAGCAGGUUCUGUAAUUUCCGGGGCAGUUAUAGCAAUAAUUCAAACCACUUGGGCAUUUAGCUUUCCUUUUUGUGUUCGCAAUAAAAUUAACCACCUCUUCUGUGAAAUUCCCCCGGUACCGGACCUCAUGUGUGGAGACACCUUCCUCUUUGAAAUCUAUGCCUAUAUGGGCACCAUUUCAGUGGCUAUCCUUCCUUUCCUGAUGAUACUUCUGUCCUGCACUCGCAUCUUCUACAUUAUUCUGAAAAUGUCUUCAACAGUAGGAAGACAAAAAGCCUUCUCCACCUGUGCUUCUCAUCUGACUUCUGUGACCCUAUUCUACGGCCCAGCUAAUCUCACCUACUUGCAACCAAAGGCCAGUUACACUGCAGAGAGCAAGGAAUUGCUCUCUCUGGCAUAUGCUCUGCUCACACCCCUGCUAAACCCUCUCAUCUAUAGUUUAAGAAGCAGUGAGAUGAAAGGUGCACUGAAGAAAAUAUUGAGAAGAAAACUGUUCCCAAAAAUUGUUGACAUUUUCAUAGUUUACCAUAGAAAACGCCUUUUUGCAGAAUAUGUGGGGGGGGGGGUCUAUUAUGAGGCAGAGAUGGAGAGUUCAGUUGUCAUUGUUUAG